ACCAACAUAACUUGUUUAGUAGUGGGCUCUACCAUUGCACCUAUGCAAGUACUGUUAGAUAUCGGAUUGGUCUGUAGUGUAUUGGUGAUAAUUAUGUCAAUUUCUAUCGUGAUCAAUUGGGAACUAUCUGUCUGAUUUCACGUAUUACUGGAAACAUUGAAAACUUUAAUUCUUAUUUUGAUUUCUUUGUCAAGGGCUACAACUCCCACUUUAAUUCAAUGUUGACGUUGGUGUGUGUGUAGGUCGCAGUCACAGCAGCAGGCAGGCACUCUGCUGGGGUAAUGGCGAUCAGUUUGUGACAAAUUAAGUUAAAUUUUGUGAUUUACAAGGGAAUAUGGCUCAUGCUGCAGGAGUAUUGUCAUCUGACAUCAGUAGGAGGAAUCCUCAGGAUGAAUAUGAAUUGAUCCAGCGUAUAGGAAGCGGUACAUAUGGAGACGUUUAUAAGGCCAAAAGACUUUCAACCAAUGACUUAGCAGCAAUCAAAGUCAUCAAACUCGAGCCAGGUGAGGACUUUGUAAUCAUACAACAGGAGAUCUUGAUGAUGAAGGACUGUAGGCAUCCCAACAUCAUCGCUUAUUAUGGCAGUUAUCUUCGCAGAGACAAGUUAUGGAUUUGUAUGGAAUACUGUGGUGGUGGCUCGCUCCAGGACAUAUACCAUAUAACUGGUCCACUGACGGAAGUACAGAUAGCCUACAUGUGCAAGGAGACACUUCAUGGCCUAGCUUACUUGCACUCCAUGGGCAAGAUGCACAGGGAUAUCAAGGGAGCCAACAUUCUACUGACGGAGAAUGGGGAUGUGAAGCUUGCAGACUUUGGGGUCUCUGCUCAGAUCACAGCUACCAUCAACAAGAGAAAGUCAUUCAUUGGCACACCUUAUUGGAUGGCUCCUGAGGUGGCAGCAGUGGAAAGGAAGGGUGGCUACAACCAGUUAUGUGAUAUUUGGGCAGUUGGUAUAACUGCAAUAGAAUUAGCGGAACUGCAACCACCCAUGUUCGACCUGCACCCCAUGAGGGCUCUGUUCCUCAUGUCCAAGAGCGGUUUCAAACCACCAACAUUAAAAGACAGAGACAAAUGGAGUCCAACAUUUCAUAACUUCGUAAAAACAGCCCUUACCAAAAACCCAAAGAAAAGGCCAACGGCUGAUAAACUGUUACAGCACCCAUUUUUCCUAAUGGACAUGAGUAAGAGGUUAGCAAUCGAGUUACUUCAGAAAGUCAGCAAUCCAUCUCACAAUUUUACCGAAUUCGAACCAGACGACGAUGGCGCUGUACCUAAUGUACCACAGAGGAUAGCUUCCAGGCUGACCAGCAAAGGGAGACGGACUUCUGUAGAGUCAGCCCACCCUAUUGUACAAACACCACAUGACAACAGAGAUGGUGUUUCAGCCGCAGACGAGGUACAGCCAGUGGACCCAUCUCAUUUUGCAGAUGUCAACAGAGCUUGGGACAUAAUGGACAUCAACGUCAUGAUGAACAACAUUGAGCAUGUACAUAACUGUGAUAAUACGAGUGCCGACUGGGCCAAAGAGGAUAUUUUCUCAGAAGAUUUAACAAUAACGAAUGAGAACCCCCUGUAUGAAAGCCCAUGUGCACAUUAUGGGGAGCUGCAGUGUUGGGAACCGCAACUUAGCGGAACCACUGGGAACUUCCCGCCCUGGGAACCCAGGCUCAGUGGUACUGCUAUACUGGGCAUGUCGCUGAGGAGCCUCUUGCAGUACAUUGAUGAAGAGCUUGUUCAAAGGGGUUCUCAUGCACAUCCGUUGUUUCACCUUGAGGAUUCUUACUCCCAGCAAGCCACGUUACCAGUGGGUGAGUCGGCCGCCACUUCCAGCCAUCAUUGUGACCUGCACAGGAACCACAACCAUUACACCAACCUCACAGGACCUGAUGGCUCUCCAAGGAGGCACAGUUCGGUCGAUGAGAUCCUUGGAUUGGCUGCCAGCUUGAGUCUUAAUGGACAGCGGCAACGAUCCCUCAGUGACAGCGGCGGAAACAACGACAAGGAGACUGUUACCACUAAUGGCAAUGGGGAUGGUCCUGAACCGGAUCUACUGUCAGACACGCCACCUGUUCCGCCCCGACGGAGGGAGAGGAAGCGCCACACCCCACCCCGCCCGGUGAGCAAUGGUCUACCUCCCACCCCCAAGGUCCACAUGGGGGCGUGCUUCUCCAAGGUGUUUAACGGGUGUCCUCUGAGGAUCCACUGCACGGCCAGUUGGAUACACCCGGACACCAGGGACCAGCACAUCCUGAUUGGGGCCGAGGAGGGCAUCUAUAACCUCAACCUGAACGAGCUGCACGAGACGGCCAUUGACCAGCUCUACCCUCGCCGCACCAUCUGGCUCUACGUCAUCAAGGAUGUUCUCAUGUCACUAUCAGGAAAGACACCGCAACUGUACAGACAUGAUCUGUUGGCCCUCCAGAGCAAGCAAAGCCAUAGGUUCACAAUGCACAUGAACCGGAUACCGGAGCGGUUGGUGCCACGUAAGUUCGCCCUGACCACCAAGGUGCCAGACACCAAGGGUUGUUCCCGCUGCUGUGUAGGCCGCAAUCCCUACAAUGGCUACAAGUACCUGUGUGGUGCCAUGCUGACUGGCAUCUUUCUCAUGCAGUGGUAUGAUCCACUCAACAAGUUCAUGCUCCUCAAGCACAUAGAGUGCAGCAUAGCGCAGCCGCCCAGUGUGUUUGAGAUGGUGAUUACACCAGAACUUGAGUACCCCAUGGUGUGCGUGAGCGUGAAGCAGGCCUACGACAAGAACCGGCUCAAACUGGACCUAAUCAACAUGAACUCUGGUGCCAGCUGGUUCCACAGCGAUGAGCUGGAGGACAUGGAUGGUCAAGCCACUGUUGUACCCAGGAGAGAAAAUCUACAAAUUAUCAAUGUGACACAGCUUGAAAAAGAUGCCAUCUUAGUUUGUUAUUCUAGUGUUGUAAGGAUAGUUACCCUGCAAGGAAGACUGAAGACUAAUCGUAAACAAAUAUCUGAACUUCAAUUUGACUUUCCUGUAGAAUCAAUAGUUUGCUUGCCCGAUAGUGUGCUUGCGUUCCACAAGCAUGGCGUGCAGGGCAGAAGUCUAAAGAACGGGGAAGUCACGCAAGAGAUCUUGGACAAGAGUAGAAGUUAUAGGCUCCUGGGCUCAGACAAGGUUGUGAUGCUGGAGUCGCAUCCUCUCAUCAAGCUCGGUGGGACCCUGACUAACGACGAUGGAGCCGAUUUAUACAUCUUGGCCGGUCACGAGGCCAGCUAUUGAGCGCGACAUCACUCUAGAACUGUUAGUUCCAGACUAACUGUAAGUCCCUGGCUAACUCAUUGAUGUUUCAGGGUUGUGAUGCUGGAGUCGCAUCCUCUCAUCAAGCUCGGUGGGACCCUGACUAACGACGAUGGAGCCGACUUAUACAUCUUGGCCGGUCACGAGGCCAGCUAUUGAGCGCGACAUCACUCUAGAACUGUUAGUUCCAGACUAACUGUAAGUCCCUGGCUAACUCAUUGAUGUUUCAGGGUUGUGAUGCUGGAGUCGCAUCCUCUCAUCAAGCUCGGUGGGACCCUGACUAACGACGAUGGAGCCGACUUAUACAUCUUGGCCGGUCACGAGGCCAGCUAUUGAGCGCGACAUCACUCUAGAACUGUUAGUUCCAGACUAACUGUAAGUCCCUGGCUAACUCAUUGAUGUUUCAGGGUUGUGAUGCUGGAGUCGCAUCCUCUCAUCAAGCUCGGUGGGACCCUGACUAACGACGAUGGAGCCGAUUUAUACAUCUUGGCCGGUCACGAGGCCAGCUAUUGAGCGCGACAUCACUCUAGAUCUUUUUCGCUUUCUUGUUCCUUUUAUUUAUACUUUUAUUUAAAUAUAUAUAUAUAAAAAUGUAUAAAUAUUUAUUAAGAAAUUGUAAAACUUGGUUUAGAGUUGUCUGCUUUGUAAAAUUAUACAAUUUUAAUGUUGUGAUUAUGCAGUUAAAGUUUAUCACUUGAUAGUUGUAAAUAAUAAUGAGAAGUUUUAAUCUA